AUGGACGACGAGAUGAGCUCGAGCAAUGAGGGUACAGCUACUGAAGAAAGACAACUGGCCGAGGAGCAAAGGCGUCGAGAAAAGAUGAUACAGCACCUUGACGACAUGGCGAAACCUUUUUUUUUGUUGCGGAUCUGUCAGUUCAUGUGCCGUUCAUUGUGUCCAUUUCGAUGCACAAUUGCUCCUUCACUGAGAAGCCCCGUCCAGAAGGACGCGGUCGAGAGGUCAUAUAUGAAUUUGUUGAUGGAGAAUAUAAUCAGCAACUUUCCGGCUGCGCUAUCCUCCGUAUUUGUAGGCUACAUCGCAUAUCUUCUUUUUCUCUUCACCUCCGAGAGACUGGCCCUGUCCGUGAUUGUCACGUGUUUUCUGCUCGUCCUCAUCCUCUUUGGAAUGGCGGAUUCCCAGAGCAGUCGCAUUCUGUUUUACCUUUCGCUGCCAUACUUUGUUGCCGAAAGACUGCGUUGGAUUCUAUUGCUCUACGCCACUUUUCUCGUGAUCUUCGGCUCAGGUCUCAAUUUUCUCCAGAAUGCAAGUGUAUUUCGCAAUGCCAUCGCUUGCAUAUUCGCUCAGGUCUAUGCCAAUUUCGAGCUGAUCCUGCGCAUAACCACCUCUCCCUUCAAGCUGGUGUCUAAGCGCAUACAUAGCAUCAUUAACCGCUACAACAACUACAUGGAAAAGAUAAGGAGGCUGCUGCGUGGACUGAGGUUUUCCUUGUUCAAGACCCGCUUGAUCCUUGACUCCAGAGCGACUUGGAGCAAUGUCAUUGUGGAGACAUGCAGCAGCAAGAAUGCCAUAGAGAAUCUCUGCCUCUCCGUAGUAACCGACUUCCACCAUAUCUGCGUCGACGGCCUCAUCAGUUCGGCCCUAGCUCCCUUUUGCUGGCCCGUACAUCUGAUGGGCAGAAUCUUCUGCCCGUCGCUUCAUUCGCUCGCCAGCAUGUGUAAAGAGUUCAAGCAGAAGAGUAUCGAAAAAUUGCCCACAGACGUGCUUCCCACUGAGGCCUACAUUGGGGAUACCAUCAACCAGAUCUAUGAAAUAACCGGAAGGAAGAAUCUUACAAUUGAAGCAGGAGAUAUUCCCCUAGACAUGGACGUGAACAUGAACAUUUCUGGAAAAACGGAUUUCAUGGAGAUGUUGGAACAACAAAUUGACAUAUAUGCCGGCAUCAUUGAACUGGGAAAAAUAAUAUUUGCCUGGAUGACCAUAAUCUGGACAGUGGCUUCUCUCAUUAGAACGGUGUGGAAAGCGUAUUUAUUCCGA